AUGGCGGGCGUUGUACGGCAGCCCAUCGACGAGGCGGCGUUCAGCAAGUUCGUCGCCGAAAAUGUCCCGCAAAUCAAGACGCCAAUUGAGCUGAAACAGUUUGGGUUCGGGCAGUCGAACCCAACGUACCAGGUCACAGGCGCCGACGGGCAAAAGUUUGUCAUGCGCAAGAAGCCGCCGGGGAAGCUGCUUUCCAAGACGGCUCACAAGGUCGAGCGCGAGUAUCGUAUCAUGCACGCGCUCGAGAAGACGGACGUGGCGGUCCCCAAGACCUACUGCCUGUGCGAAGAUGAGACCAUCAUCGGAACGCCUUUCUACAUCAUGGAGUUCCUUGACGGCAGGAUCAUCGAGGACUUUACGCUUCCGGACGUGACGCCGGCGGAGCGCACGCAGAUGUGGCGUGCGGCCGUGGAGACGCUGGCGCGCUUCCACGCCGUUGACUACCGCUCCGUCGGGCUCGAGAGGUUUGGCAAGCCAGCGGGCUUCUACAGCCGCCAGACCCAGACGUGGAGCACCAUCUCCGCCCACCAGGAGGUGGUGCGCGACGUGGACACAGACGAGCAGGUUGGCCGGAUGCCUCACUUUGAGGAAUUGGUGGGCUUCUUCAUGAACGAGAAGCUGCAGCCCAAGGACCGGGCCACGCUGGUACACGGCGACUACAAGAUCGAUAACCUCGUGUUCCACAAGACGGAACCGCGCGUCAUUGGCAUCCUCGACUGGGAAAUGUCCACGGUCGGGCACCCCCUUUCUGACGUGUGCAACCUCCUGAUGCAGUACUUCACGGUGCGACAUGAGGGCGCGGCGCCGGAAUCGGCGUUGGGCUUCCUGCCGGGCCGCACGCCCGGUCUCCCGACGGUGGACCAGAUCCUCGGAUGGUACUCUGCCAUCUCGGGCUACGACCCGACAAGCGAGCUGAACUGGGGAAUGGCGUUCAACGUGUUCAAGCUGUCGGGGGUGUGCCAGGGCAUCGCCGCGCGAUAUGCCCGGCGGCAGGCGAGCAGCGCCAAGGCCCAGCAGUACACCAAGACGUGGCGGCCGCUGGCCGAGUUCGCGUGGCAGCUCGCGCAGGAAGCCAAGGGCGACGGGCCGCGGCUGUAG